UGCGAGUUAGGGUCUAAGCCUGCCAUGGAUCGCGCACUCGCCAGUGCUAAGCACCUACCCUAGCGAACAAAGUGCGCCGCCGACACACGGUCCUCCGCAACCGCCGAGACUUAAUUUUCUUCCAAGCCUGAAAACAUGAGUCGAGUGGGAUCCGUACCGGAAGGAAAGAGCAAUCCAGCGUUCAACAAUUCGCCGAGCAGCGCAGAGCUCGGCAAUGCUGUUCUCAACGUGCACCUGGUUUCGGUGAGCAGCAGAGUGCCCUUGGACACGGGCAACCAGCAGCUUGUCCAGAGCGAAUUAGGGCCCACCUCACAGUAUGACCCCUAUCAGCACAGGGACGUCAAGCAUCCCACCAACAACACAGAGACAAUGCUGCACCUCCUCAAAGGAAGCCUCGGCACUGGCAUUCUGGCGAUGCCGAAUGCCUUCAAAAACGCCGGCUGGGUAAUAGGUCUGUUCGGCACCCUUUUCAUCGGCUUGAUUUGCACCUACUGCAUUCACAUGCUGGUGAACUGCGCGUAUGUGCUGAGCGGGCGCAAAAAAGUGGCCAGCCUGAACUACCCGCAAACCUUCGAGGAGGCUCUGAGGCAAGGGCCUGGCAUCCUGCCUAAAUUUGCUCCUUACGCUGGGCACCUAGUGAAUGUGUUCCUAUUUAUUUACCAAGCGGGCGCGUGCUGCGUCUACAUCGUGUUCGUCGCUUCCAACAUCAGAAAUGUGGCGAAUUUCCACACGGGUCAAGAUACCGAAGUUCAAAUCUUCAUGUUGUACAUACUAUUGCCCCUGAUUUUGUUGAAUUACAUCAGGAACCUGAAGUACCUGGUUCCGUUCUCCACACUGGCAAACGCGAUCACAUUUGCUGGAUUCGUGAUCACCCUGUACUAUGUCUUGAGAGACGGAUUGAAAGACGCUGGUGACAGACACAUGAUCGGCACGUGGGAGGGAAUCCCACUGUUUUUUGGCACUGUGCUUUUUGCCCUGGAGGCGAUUGGCGUUAUAAUGCCCCUUGAGAACAACAUGAAAACCCCGGUAUCAUUUGGAGGUACGACUGGUGUGCUCAACAGGUCCAUGUUCUUCAUCAUCCUCCUCUACAUGGGUCUCGGCCUGCUUGGCUUUUUGCAGUAUGGCGACGCGACCAAGGGCUCCAUCACGCUCAACUUGCCAGACACGGAAAUACUGGGCCAGUCGGUGCAGUUGUUGCUGGCUUUUGCUAUUUUUAUCACGUACGCGCUUCAGUGUUACGUGGCCAUCGACAUCGUCUGGAACAUUUAUCUCUCGCCCCACAUCAAGUCAAAGGGCUACCGCAUCACCACCGAGUUCGUCGUCAGGACGCUCCUUGUCGUCCUCACUUUCUUGGUUGCGGCAGCUGUGCCUGAAUUGGAUUUGUUUAUUUCCCUGAUUGGCGCUUUCACCCUGAGCAUUCUCGGCAUUGUGCUGCCGGCUGUGAUUCAAAUGGCCACCUUUGAGGAUGAAAGAUCCAGCCUCAGACUGGCCAAAAACAUAUUCCUGAUUGUGUUCGGCCUGGUCGGUUUAGUGACGGGCACGUACAUCAGCGUCAAAGACAUCAUUCAUGAGUACUUCACACCACAUCCCCACUAGAGAAAAACAUUCUCGCUUCUGCCUGUGAAUCUAUCUAAUAGGUUUUAUUGAUAGUUUUAUCUCUUUAUGUAUAAAAAUUGAAAUUAAUAACUACCAUGACAUUACGAGUUGAAAGGUGGAUUCAGGAAAUAAUUUGAGAUUAGUUUUAGUUAUUGUGAGCAAAAUUUCCUAAUUUUAAGUUAGGGUUAAUUUUACGCCUGCGAAAUGAGUAGACGUUGUUUUACGCUUUGCUAUUUGUUAAAACUCCUCAUUUGUGACGUAUGACGUUGUAGAGAAGAACAUAUUAGGAAGGAAGAGAGGUGGCUCUUCUGGUCAGUUUUUGAUAUUUUUGUAUUAAUUUGAGAUGCGUUUUAUCAUUUUCACCAGUAAAUGUGAUUCAAAAGACAUAUUAUAUCAGCAACUCCUUACUCCAAACAGUGUAUUGUUGAAUGUACAAACAAAAAACAGCUGGCUUACUGUUAGGACAAUAGCCUUGUUAAUUAAGACAUAUUGAAGAAAAUAAAAAAAUGAAAUAUUUAAAAUAAUUGAAGACAA